UAUUGAUGUUGACUGGUCAAACUUGUUACUACAACAUUUAAUUUUGAGAAUUAAUGGUACCUAUCCGAGUUCAUCUUGUGCAGAAGGGGAUCUCCUACUAUAUUUCCCAUUUCCCAUUUCCGGCUGGUUGCUGUAACAUUGUUUGAGGAAUAAUGGACACUACUCAUGUUGGAAAUAAGGAACAAAGUUUGUCGCACUACUCCAUUGUUAAGAAAUUAAAGGGAUGUGCUGAUCAGUCUCCAACAGCAGAAUUGCCAUCUGAUCCUCUAGGUCCAAUCACACCUGAUUCCAGCCGAGAAGCUGGCGACCACGUAGAUGUCUCUUGUUCACCAGUUUGGUCUUCUCUUCACAGGACUCGUUAUUGCUUUAAUUCUCAACACACGGUUUAUACAAAUGAAGGGAGGAGUCAACAGACUCCCAAGGGGUUAGGCUUUGAUCCAUUUGCCCCUGGACCAGAUGAACUGAUGCUUGCCCCACAAUGUAAAAAGUAUUUUACAGAUUCACGAGCCAAAGUGACACGCCAGUUAUACUUUGAGGAGACUUUGAAUUUCAGUGAAAAUGUGGGAACGGUGUCUGAGGAUGAGAUGUUAUUUGAAUUGUUGUACAAUUCUCUCCUACAAGUUAUUAAUGAGGAUCUUCAUUUGAAAGCCUCAACUCCACUUUCAGAUACUGAUGGAUACAAGACACCUACCUCUGCACCUCAUCUUAGUGGAGUUUCUGAUACUUGCCCUGCUGCUCCUAUGAAGCCUGUAAGUAGGUAUAAAAGAAUUGACAAAGGAUUAUGCAAAAAGCUGAUAUUUUGACUUUGCAACAAUGUUGAGAAAUCUGCCGGAGAUAGAUUCUAGUACAUGACAACCUCACUCAUUUUCAGUAUGGUGGCUAACCUCAAACUUGGAUGUCAUAGAGCAUUAACAUAGUGUUUAGUUUGUUGAAAUCAUGACUGUUAAUCCAGAAUUUACUUGUAAUUCUAGGAGUUUUACGUACUAAUUAUGCAGAAUUAUUGAGUGACUGUACUCUUUGUAUCAGUAGGCUUUUGUUUUAACUUCUGAUGUGGACAAAAGUCUCUAUUUCUUUUGAUAAUUGAUUAGAGGUCAUUUUGGUACUUCCAUGAA